CGAGAGGUCUCACUCUGAGAGGCUUUACAUAACCCGCUGCUCAGAAAGGGGCGGAGAAGCAGCGGCACAGAAAAACCAAGGCAUCUCAACAAGCAGAGACGAUCUUUGUAUAAACCUGUUGGAUAAAUCAUCAGAAACAUUAAAGAUUAUAAUCUGGACCAGAAGGACGUUCAGCUGUUGGAACAUGUGGAAGAGACACAGAGAGGACAGAGGACACAUGUCCAUCAGCUGGAGACGUCACUGAACAGAAGCUAUUAAAGAACCAAACCCAGAAUUUACCUGUCCCCUCACCUGUCCUCAGCAGCGCUCAGUGCGCAUGCGCCUGUCCUCAGCAUGGCAGCAGCAGAACCGGACUCUCCUCUCUACCUGGGCCUGGACUUCAGCACCCAGCAGCUGAAGGCGGUGGCCAUCGAUGGAGCCCUGGGCCCGGUCCAUCAGGACAGCGUGCAGUUCGACUCUGAGCUACCUGAGUUCAGGACUCAGGGAGGAGUUCACAUCCAUCCUGACGGACUGACGGUCACCUCACCUGUGCUCAUGUGGGUCAAGGCUCUGGACCUGCUGCUGGACAGGAUGAAGGCGGCGGGAUUCGGGUUCUCCCGGGUCCGGGCGCUGUCUGGUUCCGGCCAGCAACAUGGCGCCGUGUUCUGGAGGACCGGAGCGGCUCGGACUCUGGCCCAGCUGGACCCGGGUCAGAACCUGCACCAGCAGCUGAAGGACAGCUUCUCGGUGCAGGACAGUCCCGUGUGGAUGGACUCCAGCAGCGGGCCGCAGUGUGACGCCCUGCAGGAGGCAGCAGGGGGCGCCAUGAGGCUGGCAGACAUCACUGGAUCCCGAGCCUACGAGCGCUUCACAGGAAACCAGAUCUCCAAAGUGCGGCAGACCCGACCGGACCAGUUCCAGGACACUGAGAGGAUCUCAUUGGUCAGCAGCUUUGGGGCGUCUCUCUUCUUGGGUCGCUACGCUGCCAUCGACUACAGCGAUGGUUCUGGGAUGAAUCUGUUGGACAUCCGGGACAGGAAGUGGUCUCAGGUCUGCCUGGACGCCACAGCAACCAACCUGGAGCGCCUGCUGGGAGAGCCGUGUCUGUCCACCGCCGUCCUGGGCCCGGUCUCGUCCUUCCUGCAGCGUCGCUACGGUUUCUCUGGGAGCUGCAGCGUCGUGGCGUUCACUGGAGACAACCCAGCGUCUCUGGCAGGAAUGUGUCUCCAUCAGGGGGACAUCGCGGUCAGUCUGGGGACGAGCGACACGCUCUUCCUGUCCCUCGCUGAGCCGCGUCCGUCCCUGGAGGGACACGUCUUCUGCAGCCCGGUGGAGCCGGACGGCUUCAUGGCUCUGCUCUGCUUUAAGAACGGUUCUCUGACCCGGGAACGAGUCCGGGACCGCUGCUGCUCCGGGUCCUGGGACGUUUUCUCCCAGGCGCUGGACGGGACGCCGCUGGGGAACCACGGCAACAUCGGCUUUUAUUUUGACACCAUGGAGAUCACGCCUCCCGCCGUCGGUCUGCAUCGCUUCGAUGCCAACGACCGCCAGGUGUCCUCCUGGAGUCCAGAACUGGAGGUCCGGGCUCUGGUGGAGGGACAGUUUCUGUCCCGCCGGCUCCACGCUGAGAGACUCGGAUACUCCAUCGGGUCUGCCAGUCGGGUUCUGGCCACCGGCGGCGCUUCGGCCAACAGGCAGAUCCUGCAGGUUCUGUCCGACGUCUUCAACGCUCCGGUUUACACCAUCGACCUGUCGGACUCCGCCUGCUUAGGCUCCGCCUACCGAGCCCUCCAUGGUUUAGUGGCCGAUUCUGGAGUUUCCUUCCUGGACCUGCUGAGCAACGCUCCAGAACCUCAGCAGGUGUGCCGCCCGCACCGCACCGCUCCGCAGGUUUACGACCCGAUGUUGAGGCGCUACGCUGAGCUGGAGCAGAAGGUUCUGGAGAAGAGCCGCACCUGAGACCGGCCGGCCAAUCAGGAGGCUGCGUUUUACCUCCUGGUUACCAUGGUGACUGGUUCUGCUCUCUGAUUGGACGGAUCCGAUGGUUCUGGAUCCUCCGGAGGGAAACGGGUCAAACUGAUUUCUGUCAUUUCUACUUUCUAAUAAUAAAAUCAGAUUGAAAACAA